AUGAGCAAUACAGAGAACGAAACAUCUGAUAGAGCUGUUGAAGUCGAGAUAACACCUUGCGACAUCCGGAGGACGGAAAGUGUGAACAACAAAGAGAAUGAAAAAUUUGAUGAAGGUUCGUGGGUUGCUGAAGUCAGGUCAAGUUUACAGGGCGAAAUGAGACCAGAUAUAUCCGGUAUUGGCCUCAUUCAAACCGUUCCGAAGUCUCUCUUGAGUGAAAAGACUAAGGUGUUCUAUCUUCCUGAAGUAAUCUCCUUCGGUCCGUAUCAUUUCCGAAAAAAUUAUGUAAGGGGUGAUGACACAGAACCGCUUAAGUCAGAUGUGGCAAGGAAAAUGCACCUUGGAAUCAUCAGAGAUGGUGGUUUAACGAAGGCUCGUGGUUUAGAGUUAGUUGUAGAAGAGUUUGAAUCGGAAAAGAUUCAGAAAAUUAUAAAGAAAAGCUAUGCUGAAGAAAUUGAACUCAGCAGUGUGGUGUUUGCGUGGAUGAUAGUGAGGGAUGCCUGUUUUCUUCUAGAAGUCCUCCACAGGUUCGGAAAAGACGAAGAUCAAGAGGAAAUAGUACCGGUUUUCAUCGACACUGUUCUCAGCAGGAAACGACAUCAUCCUCUGUUGACAGAAAUUGUGAAAGACAUGCUCAAGAUGGAAAAUCAGCUACCACUCUCGGCGUUGGAGAAAAUCAGGUUCCAUAUUAAGGGAUCAAAGGCUGAUGUCUGGUUUGAGUCGGCACUAAAACAUUUAUCCCCCAUCAGAGUAGCAGAAGGGAGAAAGCGGGAAUAUCACACGGAAGAAUCUCACAUCUUGCAAUUGCUUCAUGACUACAUUGUUGACAGGCAAGACAUAGGCCACAACUCCUCCGAGCAUCAGUCAGCUGGCUGUGGGAUUAAAGACUUCAACUUGAACAAAAUUAUGCCCAGAAGCAUUCGUAUAAAAUGGCUAUUUGCACUGAUUUUCUUUCCAGUUUUUGUCAUAUUGUUCAUAUUGGGGAUCAUAUUUGUCAUUUUGCACUUUAUCAAGAACCACAUAUUUGACAUUUUGUACUCUAUUAUGAACUGCCUAUCCAGCAGGGAAGAUGAGACAGAAGAAGUACAAGUUCCAUCUAUAGGGAAGCUAAGAAGGGGAGGAAUGAAAUUCAAGAAACUGGAGGGUGGAAUUAGUCAAAUUAAGUUCAACAAGAAGAAUUCCACGCUGUAUUUGCCCCAGUUCAAAGUGGACGACAGAUCGGAAGUGAUACUCAAGAAUCUGAUUGCCCUGGAAAUCUGUUCCCGAGAAGAGCAAAAACCCAUUACAAGGUAUGCCAUUCUAAUGAACGAUCUGGUUGACACCAGUCAGGAUGUGGGUUUGCUGAGACGUGAAGACAUCAUCACCGGCAAGCUUGGAAAUGACACAGAGGUCGCUAAUCUUUGGAAUUCUAUGGUAACGCCCACAGAAAUGCCCAGGUACGAAUCUAUUGAUGAAGCUGCUGAUUCCAUAAAUCGUUACCACAAAAAGUGGCAGAAAGGUCUUGCUUUUCUUAGACAUCGUCGUGUAUGGGGUGAUUUUAUUGGGCUGCUGUUAGAGUUUAUCAAGACUUAUGGUUCAAGGCCAUGGUGGUUUUUCUCUGCUUUGAUUGUACUUGUAAUUUUAGUGUUAACAGCUGUACAAGUAUUUUGCCUUUUUGAAUCUUGCCUACAUAAAUAG